ACGACUGACCAAGACAAUCUUGGAAAAGUAUACGGUUUCUGAGCAGAACUUUGUGGCGUACAUGAAACUCUUCAAUUAACAAUUCUAAUUUUCACUAUGGAAGAGGAGAUCAUUACAAACAUAACCUGCACAGUUUGUGGUGAAACAGACUUCGAACAGCGUGAGGGUUUUUACUAUUGCCGAGAAUGUGGUACCAAACAGGAGCAAGUGCGUCAAGUAGAGGUGGAAAAUGAUGAUGAUGCUUUCAAUGAAACAACGACCACAAAACAUACAAAAACCUUGAAAAUCAAUGUGGUCAAGGCAGAGAAACCUCAACUUACCUCCUGGGAAUGUUACAAUUACAUUUUACGAGGCUAUGUCGAGGAAUUACUUUCGUAUGGUGCAAAAGAGGAACUCAAACUUAUGGCCCUACAGGUAUGGGCAGCCUAUCUAAGGCGCAUGGAAGUGGCCUUCUUUAAUAAGAAACAUGCCGAUUUGCCCCGGCUGGGAGUACGUUAUCUUGCAAAUGAUGCAGAGACAAUUUACAAUCAUGCCAAGCAGCGUAAGAAACGGAAACGUAGCAGUACAAAAAAAACGAUACGAGUGUUACCAGUGGCGGUGAAGAAAUGAGCACAAGGAGUUGGAGA